GAAGCUUUGCAUCAUCCAUCCCCUCAAAUCUCAAUUACCAGUCUCUCAUUCUCUUUCUCUGUAUUCUCUCUCACAACCUGAAAUAGAGGAAGCAGAGGUUACAGAGGAAGUUAAAUGUGCAACCACCUCCUCUGAAAAUCUUUCGGUUUCUCUAUCUUUUUCUUUCUUUCUUGAAGACUGAGACUUGGUGUUUAGUGUCUCAACUUUCUCUGUUCAGAGACUCUCUCAGACCCACCUGUUUUCUCUCAUUUUACGGGUGUGUUUGUGUGCUUGGAAAAGACUGGAACUGGAAGAAAGAAACAGAGGACAACAACCCAUUUUGUGGAGUUCCCCAUAAUUUGUCUUCUCAGAUCUAUUGUUUACUCUUUUUCUCUGCCUGCCAUUGGAGUCUUGCAUUUGUUCCAUUUCAAGUGGUAGAUAUGAGUAAAGAAGAAAUUUUGAAGAUCCAGACUUGUGUUCUGAAAGUGAACAUACACUGUGAUGGGUGUAAACAGAAAGUCAAGAAAAUCUUGCAGAAAAUCGAUGGAGUUUACACCACCAAAAUUGAUUCAGAGCAAGGAAAGGUCACAGUCUCAGGGAAUGUAGACCCAGCUGUACUCAUCAAGAAGCUCUCAAAAUCAGGGAAGCACGCAGAGCUAUGGGGUGCCCCAAAGGCAAAUAACAACCAGAACAACCUUCCCAACCAGUUGAAGAACAUGCAAAUGGACAAUGGCAAAGGAGGAGGUGGCAACAACAACAAAGGUGGCCAAAAGGGCGGAAACAACAACCAGCAGCAGCCCAAAGGAGGCCAAUUAACCCCACAAAUGCUGCAACAGCUUCAACAAAUGAAAGGGUUCCAAGAUCCGAAGCAGCCAUCAUUGAAGGACUUGCAGAAAUUGCCAGUACCAAAUCAGAACAGUAACAGCCAGAAGGCUGUGAAGUUCAACCUGCCUGAGGAAGAUGAAACUGAUGAUGAAUACGAUGACGACGAUUAUGAUGAUGACGAUUUUGAAGAUGACGAGUUUGAUGAUGAAAUGGAUGAUCCUCACCGUCCGGUACUGAGCAAACCAAACCCCAUGAUGAUGGGUAAAAACGGUCCUCUAGAUCCAAAUAUGAUGAUGAUGAUGAAUGGGAAUAACGCCCAGCUCAUGAAGGCUGCCGCUGCCGCUGCUGCAAAUGGUGGUGGUGGGGGUGGUAAUGGUGGCAAGAAAGGUGGUGGUGUGCCUGUUCAGGUAAAUAUGGGUGGAGGUGAGGGCAAAAAUGGAAAUGGGGGUAAAAAGGGAGGGGGUGGAGGUAAUAACAAUAACAACCAAAAUCAAGGAGGCAAAAAUGGCGGUGGGAUGCCCCAAAAUGGGAACAAGGGUGGUGGGGCUAAUAAUAAGGGUGGCAAUAACGGUGGUGGUGGUGGUGGUGCUAAUGUCAACAUGAAUGGUAACGGCGGGGGUAAAAAGGUUAAUGGAGGCGGCAGCGGCGGUGGAAUGGAAGAUGGGUUCCGAGCUAUGGGUGGGCCCCAGUUGGGUAACAUGAACAUUCCCAUGGGUCAAAUGGGUGGUGGCAUUCCCAUGGGUCAAAUGGGUGGUGGCAUACCAGCUGUGCAAGGACUGCCUAUGAAUGGCGGUGGUGGCGGCGCUCCUGGUGGUUAUUUUCAAGGAGCCCGGCCAGAUCUCAUGCCCGGCAACCCGUACCAGCAGCAGCAGCAACAGCAGCAAUAUAUGGCUAUGAUGAAUCAACAACGAGCAAUGGGUAACAACGAGAGGCUCCAAGCCAUGAUGUAUGCCCGACCCCCACCUGGUGUCAACUACAUGCCACCACCAUACCCACCCUAUCCAUACCCAUACCCGCCCCCACAUUCGGACCCAUACAACUACUUCAGUGAUGAAAACCCAUCAAGUUGCAAUGUGAUGUGAAGCAUGUUUGAUACUGGGUUUGGGGGUCUGAAGUCCUGCGAAGAGCUUGCUUUGAUGGUCAUCAAAAUACAUGGAAUUGGGUUUCAAUUUAGUUUAAACCUUCUCUUUAAUUUUAAUUAUGCUUCAAAUCCCAAGUUACAUUAGGGUUUUUAAUUAUCAAAAUAGGGGAGUAUUUAUAGAAUGAUUAAAGGUUAUCAAGUGGAGGGGAGGAUGAAGAGGGAGUUCAAGAAGAACAAGAAGCUUGGGGUUUAGUCAGUCGGUGGUGGUGAACUGGUGGGCUUGUUUUGUUGUUUUUUUUUCCUCUGUUUUUGAGAAUGUUUAUAUGUGUUUAUAUAUGUUGCAAAACAAGAAUAAGAUAAGAAAAAUAGAGAAUGGGUUUUGAAAAAAAAAGAA